AACAAAAACACCUCGGCGUGGUCGACACAAACAGCGUGAAACGGAACAAAUAGACUGUCCACCGCAGGGAGAGCGCACUCACAAUGAAGACGGAGAAAACACCCACCUAUGUGGAAGAAACAGCCCUAAGUACAACUGGAGAGCACGAUGAGGUGGAGGAGAAGAUGGUGAUGAUCUAUGAGAGCGCAGACAACCUGGGGGGUCACAGCAUCAGUUUAAAUACCAGAAGAGUUGUGACCCAAAGUACCCUGCAUCAGCAGCCAGAAAAUAUUUUCCACCCAGGCACGACUUUUUUCAGGACUGUGACUAUGGGCCUGGGGCUGCUGUGUAUUCUCCUCCUGGCUGGCAUUAUAGGCAUUGGAGUUCACUGCAGAAUCAAACCACAGAGCUGCAAAAAGAUCGGAGAUGAAUACAGAAAACCGACUUUGGUUGAAAUCAAUCAUUUCUGUAAGGAUGGAUGUACGUCUUUCAACACCAGUUUUUACUACAUUUCUUCUGAGAAAAAGAGCUGGGAGGACAGCAGGCAGGACUGCAAAGACAGAGGGUCAGAUCUAGUUAUUGUAAGCAGCACAGAGGAGCAGGUAUUCAUCAACUCCUUGAACCGUACAUUCUGGAUUGGUCUGAGUGACAGAGAAGAAGAGGGAACGUGGAAAUGGGUGGAUGUUUCAGUUCUGAAUAGCACAGGGUUUUGGGAAAAAGGUGAGCCCAGUGGGAAGCUUGGAGGAGCGAAGGAGGAUUGUGUCAAAACCUCAUGGCCCGCACAGCAGAACAGCUGGAAAGAUAAUAAUUGUACCAAACCACACCAUUGGAUCUGCGAAAAAGUGCAUGACUUCUAACAUUAUUUUUCAUCCAAAAUACAAAGUGUGAUGAGCAACACACAGUAAGAAACGCAGUAAGAAUGUGAGAUUUUUAAUUUUGUU